UAACAGAACUGCAAAGUUUUGCAAUUAGUAGAUGAGGUCGUGAGCAAUGGCUGAUAAUGUAACGACACAAAUCACACAUAGCAAAUGUUGCAGUCCUACUGGGGACCUAGGAGCUACAUUUACUAUUUUGCAUUUUAACGAUGUUUACGAAAUAGAAGCAGGACCAGAUGAACCAGUCGGUGGAGCUGCAAGGUUUGCAACAGCACUAAAGGAAUUUCAACAUUUGAACCCAUUUAUUGCUUUUAGUGGUGACUGUUUGAGUCCAUCACUUUUAAGCACAAUUACAAAGGGAAGACAUAUGGUAGAUAUUCUCAAUGAGCUGGAAAUUAAUUGUGCUGUGUAUGGGAACCAUGAGUUUGAUUUUGGCGUUGAUAUGCUCGAGGAAUUGAGGACACAAAUGAACUUCCCCUGGUUUCUCAGCAACGUCUAUGAUAAAUUUACUUUGCAGACUUUGGGUCACGGUAUCGAAAGUCGCAUCAUUGAAUGGAAUGGGUUCCGAAUGGGCCUCAUGGGGCUUGUCGAGGAAGAGUGGUUGGACACUCUGGGAACCGUGGACAAAGCCAACAUUGAUUACAUUGACUAUGUCGUGGUAGCCGACCGUCUUUCUAAGGAGCUUAGAGAGAGCGGUGCUGAGCUGAUCAUUGCUCUCACACACAUGAGAUGGUCCCACGAUAUUCGGCUGGCCAUGGAGGCGAAAUCGUUAGACCUCAUACUUGGAGGCCAUGAUCAUGAAUAUGGGGCUCGUGAAGUGAACGGCAUCUGGAUAGUGAAGAGUGGAUCUGAAUUCAGACAUCUGUCAAGGAUUGACAUCAGGAGGAAGGCUCACAUGACUUACGAGUACAGUGUGGAGAGAAAAGACAUAUUAAAGGACAUAGAUGAAGAUCAAGUGAUCAAAACCAUUGUGGAUAAAUAUAAUAAUAACAUCCAGUACAUGAUUGGGGAGGUGCUGUGCCACACUAAAGUGGACUUAGAUGGCCGCUGUGCAACAGUUCGACAGAGAGAAUGCAGCCUGGGCAACCUGAUCACCAAUGCCAUGCUGGAGGCCACCCUUGCAGACGUGGCAUUGUUGAAUUCAGGUAGUCUGCGCUCAGAUCGCCUGCACCCUGCAGGUGAACUCACCAUGCGUGACCUGCUACAGAUCCUGCCCAUGAGAGAUCUGGUGAUGGUGGUGGAAGCCACUGGGCAGCAGCUUUAUAAGAGCCUGGACAAUGCAGUCAGCAGAUACCCUGCACUGGAUGGAAGGUUUCUGCAAGUUGCUGGAAUACAGUUUGGCUUUGAUCCCAGUCUACAGCCUGGAUGCAGGGUCAUUGCUGAAAGUAUAAGGAUACAAGGCAACAGUCUAGAACCAGACAAAACAUAUCUAGUGGCGAUGAAGGAAUAUCUAACAAAGGGGAAAGAUGGGUAUUCCAUGUUUACUGACUGUCCACAGAAGUAUGACGUAGAAUCCGCACAGGUCCUCUCCACAAUCGUCAUCAAUCAUUUUGAGUCUGGGAACAUCGUUCAAGGCCUCAAAACCUGCAUAUCUGGCCAUCGCAUGGGUCUUAUCAGAAGCACCAGUAGCCCCUCAGUCACAGCCAUUGAGCGAGGUGCUGACGUGCCCGUGGCUCUGGUGCCUGCAGUGGAGGGGAGGAUAGUUCAUGUGUACACUGAGAGCCAGUUAGAGUAA